UAAAUCGAGUACAUGGAAAAGCAGUCUGUGCCCAAGUUGUAGAUUUGACAAAUGCCGAAGAAUAUAUUUAAUUAAGUAUUGAAUACGGGAUGGCUCGAGGCAGCGCCGCAGGCUUUGACAGGCACAUAACCGUCUUUUCGCCAGAAGGACGCCUUUUCCAGGUGGAAUAUGCAUUCAGGGCACUCGCACUGGACAACCUGACGCUGAUCGCCAUACGGGGCGCCAGCUGUGCCGUGCUGAUUGUGCAGCAGAAGCCGCUGGAUAAGCUGAUUGUGCCGGAGACAGUGUCGCGUUUGUUUUCAAUUAACAAGCAGAUUGGCUGCGGCAUGAUCGGACGCAUUGCCGACGCCCGGGCCCAGGUCCAGAAGGCCGUCUACGAGGCGGGCAGCUUUCAAUUCCGAUACGGCUACAACAUGCCCAUCGAUGUGCUCUGCGGCCGAAUGGGCGACAUCAGCCAGGUGUACACCCAGAACGCCGAGAUGCGUCCCCUCGGCUGCAGCAUGGUGAUGAUCGCCUACGACGACGAUCUCGGGCCCUGCAUCUACAAGACCGACCCCGCUGGCUAUUGUUGCGGCUACCGGGCGACCGCGGUGGGCACCCAAAUGCUCGACGCCCUUGCCUAUUUGGACAGAAAGUACAAGAAGAAUCUCAGCGACGAGAACACCGUACAGCUGGCCAUCAACUGUCUGGCCACGGUGCUGGGCAUCCAGUUGAAGGCCACCGACUUCGAGCUGGCCAUGGUCACCAAGUCGCAUCGCCUAUUCCACAUACUCAGCCAGCAGGAGCGCGAGGAGCAGCUGGGCAAAACGGUCGGGGGAUCCACGAAUUCGAGUCGAUAGCUCAAGCUCGAAACUCCUAUUCCUAUUCCUAUUCCAUUGGAAUUGUGGCACGAAAACCAACCAAAAACACGUCCGAAAGUUAAUAAAGUAAUUUUAAAAGA